CUUUGUUUUGGAAGUGGACUUAAAAAGUAAACGGAAACGUUUCAACUUGACAACCCUUUCUGAACAAACAAUAGUGUAUCGGGCACUCAGUAUGUUUUUAACAAUGUUAAAUGGUUUAAUAAUCAUGAAGUAUGUAGGCUACUUAUCCAUUUUGUAGCAUGCAGCACACUUGGAGAGAGAGACCCCGCCCACACGUGCUUCUGAUUGGCUGUGAUUUUUGAUUUGAUUCUGUCACUUCUGGUGUGGGCAGACAAAUUACUUGUCGCUGAAAUUGUAUUGCGUCGCGUGUGGUGAGGACACAGCGUUGUUAGACAUUUGCUGCGUUUCGUUCACUGAGAAAAGUUGAAGUUUUUAACUUUCCUUCAUGGAAAAGUGCAGCAAAACUGACAAACUCUUGUGGAAAUGCCAAACUCUGUGAGUGAGUCAAUGUUCAGCAAAUGUUUGUAAGAGCUGUAAAUCACUGUGAAUGGUCUCCUGUUGAGUAUGUAUAGUACUUUACACACCUAGAGUGUGUAAAUGGGAAAAACAGAGAUAUCUGUCAGAUAUGUUAGUCACAUUUUAAGUGUGCAAUCAAAACAAAAACAAAACGCCUACAGCAUCUUCAGUGAAAGCAGCGUUGAGUGUGCGAAUGUGUCGUUUAGCCAUGAAUACACUGAAGGAGAAAGCUGUCGGUGUCUUGAGUUGGUUCAGUCUCUCCAGCACAAAGGAGCAGCAGCGUUCCAGUCAGUAAUCUCAUGCAGUAAUUGGCACGUGUAUUCAUACGCUUCGGUCGGCGUGUUUCUCUGAAGCCCUUGUUACAAUCAGCACAUGAAUACACAUCCACUUACGAACAAUAAAGUGUGAUAAUGAGAUUCCUGUUGUCGUGGCAACUCCAAAGCGCAGCGGUAUAAAGUGCGCCGAGGUCUCCGUCGGCCGCGGGCAGACGUCUGACCGAGGAAACAUGCUGAAACUCUCGGACAGGUGCGGCUCCAAAACCGACACCAAAAUCCUUCUGGACGCCAUCUCCAACGACAAGAUCCACCUCGCCAGGUUCAUUUUAGACGCUCUGGAUGGGAGAAUCGUCAACUCCAAGACCGAAGGGGCGCAGACGCCGCUCAUCUCCGCCGUGUUUCUCCAGGAUUCGCCUGCGAGAUGCAGGUUUGUGAAUCUUCUGCUGCAGAGGGGCGCCAGUGUGAAUCACCCGGACGAGAGCGGCCGUACGGCGCUGAGUUACGCCUGCGAGAUGGGAUACCUGGAUGCGGUGAAGAUCCUGGUGAAGAACGGCGCGGAUCCCGAGGCGGCGGAUACCUGGGGAAAUACUGCGCUCAUGUACGCCGUGGUGGCCGGACGCUCGGCCGUCGUGGAGUUUUUGGUGCGCGCUUUUAAAAGGCUGGGUCUCCAGAUUGACCGGCAAAACAAGGUGGGCAACUCUGCGCUUGAGGUGGCCAAGUAUCUCGGACACACUGAAUGUCUGCAAGCGCUUCUGAGUAACUCCAGGAGGAUUCACGAUGAUGAAGAUGAUGAUGAUGAUGCUCUAGCUGAAAAACUUUCCACUGUGAACAUCAGUGAAGCUGACCAUGAGGAAAAGCCUCUCCAGAUCCAUCCGACGAGAGCUUCACCUGAAGAUGGGACGCGACCGCCAAUUAUUUUAACCCGUAAACGAUCCCUCAGCUUGCGGAAGAGAAUCCAGUCGAUGGACUCCAUUGAGGAAUAUGAGAGGGAAGGUGAUGCUUCGUUGCCUUUAUCAGCACAAGGCCGGAUGUUCUCUGGUGUUUUAACUCCAAAACCUCCUCAGAAACUCAAACACGGAGAGCUUCAGACCACCUGCUCCAACAAACACCUGCCUCCGUUGUUUUACUCACCCAGACCCUCCAAAAUGCCCUCGACUUGUGCGCCCGCUGCUUCUUCUGGUCCUCUUGGCAUUUUAUUAACUCCUUUCAGCAAAAACGCCAAAGAGGAGCUCGAGAAAGCCAAGAAACUGCCGUCUGACGUGCCCAUCAGAAGGUUUGACGACAGUUACUAUCAGAAGAGGUGCAGUUUACCGACUAGCGCUCUCACGUCGGCGGCCCCGGAGCGUCUCAGGCCUCUGCGCAAAAGCAAAACCGUGUUGAAAACCGCGGUAAACGCCGAGAACGCAGAGCACGCCUCCAGAUCUCUGAGCACCCUCAGCGGGAGGCUGUUGAGGAGAUUCACUUUUCCAGAGUUCAAACGGAGCAGCAAAGAGUCGCCGGAGGCGUGCGGCGCUCAGAGCGGCGGUCCAGAAGCGGCCGGACGCUGCAUCCCAAGGUCAGAGACUUUUCCCCUGGGAAACAAGCACCCUCAAGUAGGGAGCAAGCCGAGCAUCGACAGCAUUAGCGCGGUCAAGUGUGAGUUUGACUUUCAGUUUAAAGCUGCUCCAAAUGUCUGAGGCCUGUGGGACCGAUCAUGUGCUGCAGUCUGUGAUGAGCCCUAACCUACUAACUAGUGCGCGUUCAGUGGCUGCUGUGCCAACAGAUUAAGGGCUUGGAAUGAAUCACUCACUUGUUUUCUUGUCAUUUAUUCAUUCAGCAGAUGCUUUUAUCCAAAACAUUUAUCACAAUGGUAUGUUUAAGACAUGAACAUUUUUGGGUCAUUUCCAGGACCUACGGCUCUACUAGAAAGAUCCCCUUCUAUGACAUGGACUAUAUGUUGUGUUUACCUGUAAAGUCGUUUAAAAUGUUUUGAUUCCCAGUUUGAGUAUUCUUACUUUUAUUCUAUUACAUUUAUGUAUGUACGUAUGUAUGUAUUGUUCUUCAGUCUUGAAUACUAGUCAUUUGUGUUAGGAGAGACCUGGGUUAGUUGUCACAGUGGGUUUAUUUAUUUAAGUCAUUUUCUUUUCAAUUUUCGAACAAGAAUGUUGUAAUUUUUUGAAAAAAAAAAAAGAAGAAAGUCCACUUUC